AUGGGUAAAGCCGGGAGCAAGGUAAAAAAUUACUCCAAAAUCAAGAAGAACAAUAUAAACGAUUUUCAACUAUCGUUAAAAAAUCGAUUCUAUGAAAUAGCUAAUGGUGGAUCAACCAUUGACAAAUCCGUUUUCUUUAAAUAUACCGAAUCAACAACAUGCCCGCAGUUACAAUUGUUCUUAUAUGAUUCACUAAGUAAACCUGAUAAUGUCGUUACGCUGGAACGUUUUGUACAGUUCGCUGAAAUGAUACUUGGUGAUUUCAAUCAACAAGCAAGAGCCCUCUUACAACUUAACCAACCAAUUAAGCAGAUUAUAGAGGUUAUGAUUUCUUCAUUUUUCAAAUGUGAACAGUUAGAUCCACGAAGCAUCACACUCCUCGUUGAUUUUAUUAUGGAAGGCAUUCCAUUACAAUUGGAUCCAUCUACCUUAAGUAAUUUUCUGCAAAGCCAAAUUAUCUUAUCGACUGUAGUGAAAUAUAUCAGUGAGUCGAUCUUUAUUGGACCGCGAGACAGUGCGAAACUUUUACAACAAGUUAGUGAAAAAUCCUUGCUUACUCAUGCUGCACUGUGUCUUGUAUAUGCAAAUUUACCCGAAGAAUUAAGAGAUCGAUGGAAGCUAUUGUUUUCAAGUGAAAAACACGGUGAAAGUUUUAUGAAAUUAAUGAAAAGUGUGGAUCGUGCAGGUCCAUGUUUGAUUGUCAUUGAAACAACAUCCGACCGUGUUUUUGGUGCAUUCGCCAGUCAGGGUUUCAUUUGUGGUCCACGACAUACUGGUGAUAAUCAAUGCUUCUUGUUUGAAGACCGACAAAAAUUACAUAUUUACAGCGCUACGGGUUAUAAUAAUAAUUUUGGCUAUCUCAAUGCUGGUCAAGUUUCAUUGCCAAAUGGAAUCGGUAUAGGUGGACAUGGUGAGAAUUGGUCCUUCUUUCUACAUGAGGAUUUUAGCAAUGGUAGUUCCACUUCUGGAAUUAGUACAUUUGAAAAAUGUUGGUUGGCUGGUGAAACAACGUUUAAAAUGAAAAAUGUUGAAGUUUGGUCAAUUGGAGCAAAAUGCAACGAAAGGAUAGAUACUGAAGUGCAAAAUGAUUUGGACAAACAACAUGCGUUAACAAAUAAAAAUGAAGCACGUUUAUUAUUUGAAUUAAGUGGUAAAGACUUCCAUGGAGAUUCCUACAAGGAAUAA